AGGAAAAAACAAAAGAAAAGGCCGAUGGAGGAGGAGGAGGAGGAGAGAAAACAAGAAGAUGAAAGGAAGAGGAGGAAGAGAGAAAAGACGAAGAUGAAAUGAGGAGGAGGAGGAGGAGUGAAGAAGAAGAAGAUGAGAGGAGGAGGAGGAGGAGGAGGAGGAGGAGGAGGAGAGAAGAAGAAGAAGACGAGAGGAGGAGGAGAGAGGAGAAGACGAAAUGAGGAGGAAGAGGAGGCGGAGGAGGAGAGGAGGAGAGGAGGAGAAGAAGACCAGAGUGGGAGGAGGAGGAGAGAAGAAGAAGAAGACGAGAGGAGGAAGAGAGAGGAGAAGACGGAAUGAGGAGGAAGAGGAGGAGGAAGAGGAGGAGAGGAGGAGAGGGGGAGAGGAGGAGAAGAAGACCAGAGGGGGAGGAGGAGGAGGAGCUGCCGGUUGUCUGGCAAUGACGAGGGAAAAAAAAAAAAAGGCCGAUGGAGGAGGAGGAGGAGAGAAGAAGACGAAGACGAAGACGAGAGGAGGAGGAGGAGGAGGAGGAGGAGGAGGAGAGAAAAGAAGAAGACGAAAUGAGGAGGAGGGGAGAAAAGGAGAAGACAAAAUGAGUAGUAGGAGGAGGAGAGAAGAAGAAGAAGACGAGAGGAGGAGAAAGAGAGAAGAAGAAGAAGAAGACGAGAGGAGGAGGAGGAGGAGAGAAGAAGAAGAAGAUGAGAGGAGGAGGAGGUGGUCAGCUGCGCGCGAGGAGGAGGUCGGCAGCUCGACCAUGGGUAGAUCGACGACGACGUGGCAGGUCGACGACGGGCGGCGCGAUGCGAGCUCCGCGCGAGGAGGAGGAGGAGUUUGGCACCUCGGCGAUGGGCAGGUCGACGACGUUGUGACAGCUCGACAACGGGCAGUAGUGUUGGGGGGUAUCUCCACAUCACUGUUGUUCACAGCCUUUGAAUCGUGGCUUGUUUCAGAGCACAUAAGGCAAGGAUUCGAUGCGAAUUGGAUGUCAGUGAGCUUUUCGAAGGCUAUAUUUCUUGGGAAUGGAGUCGUUGCGAUAUGCUCUGGACUUCUGGCAAAUACACUGGUUGUCGACGCGGGCUUGGGACCCGUUGCGCCAUUCGAUGCGGCAGUGUGCGUUCUGGUGAUCGGGAUGAUGAUCAUUGCUUUUACGUGGACCGAAAACUACGGCGACUCUUCAGAAGGAAAGAACUUGAUUCUGCAGUUCGCUACGGCAGCCAAGCUCAUUGCGGCAGACGAGAAGAUUGCACUCCUCGGCGCGAUUCAAUCGCUUUUUGAAAGCUCCAUGUACACUUUCAUCUUUCUGUGGACACCAGCUCUGGCGUCCGAGACAAAGUUCGGAUUCGAAAUACCCCACGGCUUUGUAUUUGCGACCUUCAUGCUUGCCUCAAUGAUUGGUAGCUCCGUUGCCUCCAGGCUACUUGCAAGGCCUUUCCUUAGAGUCGAAAGGUACAUGCAGUUUGUCUUCCUUGUGGCAUCGGCAUCGCUUCUGCUCCCUGCUUACGCAGGGUACUUUGACGAGCACCGCAACAAUGUUGCGGCCGCUGAGGGCAUUAGCCCUGGUGGCAGGAUUCAGAUGGCUGGUUUUCUGAUCUUCGAAGUGUGUGUGGGGAUCUUCUGGCCGUCGAUGAUGAAGAUGCGCAGCGAUUACGUCCCCGAGGAAUCGCGGUCCACGAUUAUGAACUUCUUCCGCAUCCCGCUGAAUAUGUUCGUGUGCAUUGUGCUUUUCAACGUGAGCGUUUUCCCAAUUGGCUCGAUGUUUGCCAUGUGUGCGGCUCUCCUGGUGGCAGCGGCUCUUCUGACACGCCGUCUUCUUAUCCUUUCCACCACCGAAAAGGCAUGCUCAACGAUUGACCAAUGGAGAGCAGAAGCGAAGCAUCAAUACGCAAUUGCUACCGACUCAACAAUUUAGACCCAGUCAGCUAUGGCCGUACACACAGUUACCUACAAUGCCGGGGGGCGGGGUACCAGGUCCUAGCUAGGGGUGUCAUAGAGUAGAUCAGGGGCUUGGGGAGAUCCAAUCUCUCAUCAUGCAACAGCUCUACAGCAGUUCUCAGACACNUUCAUUUGGGCCUCCUGAAAGGUCUGAGGCCCACUAUUUUCCGAACCGGCAAAGGUACUAGUGCUUUAUGAGAAAGCCGGUUAACCGAGGCCUCAAUUUUCAGACAACUGCUCAAUGACAUGCCAUUUGUAACAAAACCCAAAUUUAAGG